AUGGCCGACAUCACCUCAGACGACGACCUGGACUCGGCAGCCAUGGCAGAGGCAAUGGGAUUCACCGGCUUCGGCAUGCAGCGCGCAAACAGGAAGCGCAAGCUCACCCCGCCCGCCCAGACCGGCGCCAACAAUGCGCCCCUGGGCAAGCGCCGCCCGCUGAACCUGCCCGAGCCCGUAUCCGGUGACGCCAGCGGAGCGAAUGCCGAUGAGAUAGGCCUGGAUGAUGAUGACGAUGACGGCGGCGCGAGGCUGGCGAGGGACCAGCAAGGUGGAGGAGAGGAGUUUGAUGCAAACGCCGCUGGGCCGCAGUACAUCGACACGUCCCGGCCAUCGCGAGGGUACUACCCCGAGGAAUUGGAGGACAUGCAGACGCAGGCUAGAAUUGACGCGCUUACCUUUGCUGAUGCACCCUCAACAACGGGCCACCACCAGCUACCCCAGAAACCACCGCAGCAGCAGGGGCAGCACGCAGGCAAGGCGGCGCGCUGGUCCGGUGGAAAGGCUGGCUCAGGGCUGCCGUGGUGGGAGGGCGAGUGGGACCCACGGCUGAUCGACAGGAUGGUCGAGAACCCGUGGGAAAGGCUGGAGAAGCAGCGUGGGCUUGAGGCCCGAGGCACGUGGCCGUCGAAGGAUCGUGGUGCCGCUGUGCCAGCUGGUGCGGGCUCAUCAGGUCCCCUUGGAGGGAGUGAGGCGGGCCAGGCGACGAUGUCGUGA